AUGACAAAGCCAGCAGAGGAACAAGAAAUAUCUGAUAAGGGCCUUGUCCUGGAACAGGAUGCUCUCUACCAUGCUUAUGCUUCCAAAAGUCCAGAAUGGCAUCGAAGUAUGACCCAACGUCUUCUUCGCAAGGUUGACUGGCACCUUUUGCCCUUUCUUGUUCUCAUGUAUCUGUUAAACUUCCUGGACAGAAACAAUUUAUCACAGGCUCGUCUUGGUACACUUGAAGAAGACCUCGGCAUGGAAGGAACCGAUUACAAUCUUGCCACGAGUAUUUUGUUUGUCGGUUAUCUACUGAUGCAACUUCCAUCCAAUCUGGUCCUAACUCGUGUUCGACCUUCACUGUUUCUGGGUAUCGCAAUGGCCAUCUGGGGUAUGAUUUCCGCUUGCCAGGCAGCCAUUCAGUCGUUUUCUGGACUCAUUGCGACACGGUUCUUCCUUGGAUUUGUCGAAGCGCCUUUUUUUCCAGGUGCCGUCAUGCUAAUGUGGGUCAAGCAAGGAGAGCGGCGAUUGAGUCAUCGUAUUGCAUGGUUUUAUUCUGGCAGCUCGUUGGCCAAUGCUUUCGGUGGUCUUAUCGGAGCAGGCGUGCUAGGCAAUCUUGACGGCGCGCAUGGAAUCGCCGGGUGGAGAUGGCUAUUCAUCAUCGAGGGAGUUAUCACCGUGGGAAUAUCCGUGCUCGCUACGGUCUUUCUUCCAAAUUACCCAGCUUCGACUCCCUGGUUAGACGAACAGGAACAAGCAUAUGCGCAGUGGCGUCUAAUGCAUGAUGCAGGAGAAGCCGACGAGGUCGGCUCAACCAGUAUCAAGGAAGCCCUAGGGCUGGUGUUUGCGGACAAGCGCAUCUAUCUUUUCAUUUUGCUGCAGCAUGUCUCGCUCUUGUCGCAAAACUUCCAAUACUUCUUCCCGACUAUUGUGCAGACGCUCGGAUAUGGCAAAGUUGAAACCCUUCUAAUCACCGCACCUGUAUGGAUCGCAACAUUCCUUGUCUCACUGCUGGUGACCUGGACAUCUGGCAAAACCAACGAUCGCAGCCUACAUAUCAUCUGUUUGAUGAUGGUCAGUGUGGUAGGAGGUGUGAUUGCCACUGUGACAACAAACAUCGGAGCCAAGUUCUUCGCCAUGUUCCUGAUGCCUAUGGGAGCGGUGUCUGCAUAUCAAAUUAUCAUCGCCUGGGUCGCCAAUUCCUUCCCCCGGCCGCUGGUCAAACGGUCUGCAUCAAUCGCGAUUGCAAAUAUGAUUGGAAAUACCGCUUCAAUCUAUGGCAGUUAUAUGUGGCCAUCCUCUUCAGGGCCUCGGUACAUUCCAGGAGGAAGCGCAACCGCUGCGAUAGCAUUCCUAGUGGCGUUGGUGGCCCUAGUCAUUCGCUUCGUACACGUUCACAUGAACAAAAGACUAGAUGAAGCUGAGUCCUCGGAGGGUAUUCAUUCAUCUCAUGCAACCGAUCUGGAAACCAGAGCUGCUGGGUUCCGGUAUAUUCUCUGA